GAACAGGUUGUUACAACGUAGCUCAACUUCUGAAAUUCUCAUCAGUCUGAUCAUUUACAAUCUUUUAAUUUACUGGACAGGAUACAGGAGAAUUUGGAUGCAAAUUUGACAUCUAGACGAUGUGUUAACUGUGCAAACAGUAGGAGAAGCAAGCCGGUGGGAUGAGAGUCUUAAACAAACCCAGCAACCUGAAGAUCAUGGCCAUAGUGAGAUCUUCACUCCAGAACGUCAUGCUUUUACUGCAACACAUCCAAAGAAUGGCUGUCACAUCACCACCAUACCAGAAACUCUGCAAGGAUAUUCAGACAGAAGUUGACAGCGAGAGUAAUCCUCCUAAAAGAGCCCUCGGGAGUCAGAUAUCAAAAGCAACGUCACAAGAGUUGGACCCUGUUGGCCACAUAGUCUCCAGAAGAGAGUGUUUAGAGGAGGUCGAUGCAGAUAAAUGGACUGAACUCAUAACAGUCCUACAGGAGCUUUGGUUCUGGAUAAAGCUGAAGGAUGAAGAACUGACACAGCAGAGAGACGCUGGUGAAGAUCGACAUAAAUUACUGAAGCAACAAUAUAACUGUAUGGCCUUCAGCAGUGAACAACUGACUGGUUGCAGACAGAAUGUAAACAGAUCUCUGAAUCAGAUCUGUCUGUUUCUGGAUGUUCAACCUACAACAACUGAAGUCCAGAGAAAUACUGAAUCAGAUGCAGAUGCAGAGCAGGAAGGGAAGGUUGAGCAGAAUUUGGAGCGGUUCAGCUGGCAACAUGAGGUUGACUGGGCACUGGAAAAACUUCAAGACCUUCAAAAUGCCAUGGACCAAAUGGACCUGGGCCUGUCUGAGGUGAAGGAGAUUUGGCACUCGGAGAGUCAUGCAGCGGUCGACUGUGAUCAUGAGAAGGUCGAGGAGAUGGAGACCCUGGGCAAUCACCACAAGGAGAUGCAAUGCUCUCAUAUGGAUAACAAACAUUUAUUCCACGACGACUUAUCUGUUUCUGUGCAGUUCCCAUGGCAGAGAGCUGUUUUUCAAAAUGGCGUUCCUUAUUAUAUCAACCAUGAGCAGCAGACCACAUCUUGGGACCAUCCUCAAAUGACACAGCUAUUUCAAUCGAUGGCUGAUUUGAGUCAGGUCCGUUUCUCUGCUUACCGCACAGCUAUGAAGAGUCGUCAACUGCAGAAAGCCCUUUGCUUGGAUCUUUUGGACCUCAGCGUAGCACAGAGCGCCUUUGAUCAACACAAACUUGCUCAUAAUGGGCAACUGCUGAAAGUUUCAGACAUCGUAAGCUGUCUCUACACCAUCUAUGGAGAACUUCAGCAGGUACACCCAGAUCUCAUCAACGUCCCUUUAUGUGUGGACUUGUGUCUCAACUGGCUUUUAAAUGUCUAUGAUAGUGACAGAAGUGGAAAAGUUCAGGUGUUGUGCAUGAAGAUCGGCUUGUUCUCCCUUUCAAAAGGACAGCUGAAGGACAAGUACAAAUAUCUGUUCACUCAGGUAGCCAACGCUAAAGGUGUCUGUAACCGGAGGCAGCUGGCUUUACUGCUUCACACCAGCAUCCGAAUCCCGCACCAGCUCGGUGAGGCUGCAGCAUUCGGAGGUGGUAACAUGGAGCCAAGUGUCCGUAGCUGCUUUCAGCAUGUAGGCUGUGAAGACUUCAUUGAGCUCGAGCAGUUUGUGGAUUGGAUGCAGUUAGAGCCGCAGUCUAUGGUUUGGUUACCUGUGCUUCAUAGAGUCGCAGCAGCGGAAACGGCCAGACACCAGACCAAGUGUAACAUCUGUAAAGACUGCCCUAUGGUGGGCUUCAGGUAUCGAAGUUUAAAGCACUUUAACUACAACGUGUGUCAGAUGUGUUUUUUCUCGGGAAAGGUCAUCAAGGACCAUCAUCUUAGUUGCACCAUGGUGGAGUACUGCACCCCUACGACCUCCGGUGAAGAUGUGCGUGACUUUACCAGAGUACUAAAAAACAAAUUCCGCUCGAAGAAAUAUUUCACCAAACAUCCUCGUCUGGGUUACCUGCCAGUGCAGACCAUUGUAGAAGAAGAGACCCAAGUAUCGUUUGUAAGCUUGUGUCUAGAGGAUUAUGAGAGGGAAGACCUCAACAACGCUGAGAUUCAUAAGAGAUCAUCAGACUCAGGAGCAUGUUCUCAUCAAAGCCCAUCUGACAGCACAAUCAUGAGGAAUGAGCCGGAACAGACAGCACAUUCUCAGAACGAGAAAACAGACGGCAGACUGAACUUUCUCUCUGACGAGACUCCAUAAGUCUGGUGAGAUCUGAGAUGUGAUUUUAUCUACUGCUGUCUAUCACCCAGCCAGGACUCAGAGGCGAUGCAGUUUUGAUAGCACUUUUAUCUUCUCAAACGGUUGAGAGCUGAAGCAGACUGCAGUGAAGAUUCAUCUGUUUAUGCACAAGCUGCUCACUAGACUCUGACCACACGGACGAAUCGGGUGAUCACACAACAUCCGGUCAUGGUUUAUUGCUACUGAUAGCAAGUAGGCUAUACAUACACACAUUUGCUGUCCUUCAAUCAGCCCUGACCACAAAGCUGCUUUGCAAAGAUGCAUUUUUGAAUGCAGAUAGUUCUCGUUUAAAUCUGUUACAUUUAUUGUUUUCCUGUCAAUGCUCUUCUUGAUACAUUUAAUCUUGGUGAUUUGUUUUUUAGGAUUGAUUUUGUUAUCAUCCUGAUCAAAAGUAAAAUUUGAGAAGAACCAUACAGGCAAACUCCUAAAGGAGUCUCUGAUGUCAUUGGUAUUUGACUGCUCAGUGUACAUCAGAUGAUUGUCUAAACCACACCUGAGAGCUUCUGUAUAAGCCAAUUUCCAUUAGAGUUCCUGAAGCAGAUGAGCCCACCUGACCGGCACACAGCCGCUCGCCUCUGCAUCUGAUCGGGACAUUUAUCAAGCUCUGUCACCGGUUCUGUGUGGUUCAGUCCAGCCGAGUCAAAUGAUAUUGUGAGGCUGAAAUGAGACAGUCUUAUAAGAAGUUCAAGAUCUUGUCAAUGUUCACUAUCGGUAAGUUUUGAAACAUUGAAAUGUUUCCCAUGAUCUUAAAAAUCUUCUCAUCUAUAAAGGUUUAAAUGCUUGAAGUUAUACAAAAAUAUAAUUGUGCCAAACAUUUCUUUUAGUAGAAAAAUAACAUUUUAUUUUAAAAUAUUUUUCAAAAAGACGACUAAAGCUAAGAAUAAAUGUGAACAAUAUUGUUUAAAAUGUAUUAACCUAAAGAAGCUUAUUAAUAAAAUGUCAUGAAUAGGAUUUUACAAAUGCUAGGCAAAAGGUCACGCACUUCAAAUGAUAAAAUGUGUUUUUAUUUAUUUUGGAUGCUUUUCCUAUUCCGAAUUACAGUACAUUUGUGUUGUGCUGUAGUUUUGUUGAGAUAAAGUAAAAUCUAAAAAACAAUCAGUGUUUCGAAACAAAAUAAUCCUGCAGUGAUGAAAAUUGGAAAGCAUGUUUACCCGUCAUUAAUUUUUGAAUCAUUAUCUCAUGAAAAACGAAUGUCUUAUAACAACAAAUGUAUGCCCUAAUAUUUUUUGGAAUAGUUUCUCACAAAAAUGUGUUUAAUUGCAAGAUUAUUAUAGUCUUUGAUGUUGUGGACUGCAGCAGCACCUGGUGGCAAACACAUUAAACAGCACUCCAUUCACUAACAGGACCGAUUUUAAAAUAUGAUUUGUUACCAAAGUCACUUAAAGGAGGGGUGCAUGAUCUCUGAAAGCCAAUGUUGACAUUUGAAAUCACCUAAACAAACACGCCAAUAAAAUCUGGACCU